AUAAUAAAAACGUUUAUUUAAUAUUUUAUCGUAUUUAUAACAGUAUUGAUUUAAUAUUUUUUUAAUAUUUCAAGGCUCACCAAAUAGUGAGUCUCACAGGUAUAAGUUUCCAGAGGAAAAGUAUUAUUGGCUUUGUGGAAUUGACAAUUGUUCCACUUAGGGAUACAUUGAGACUUAUAAAGCUUAAUGCAAAACAAUGUAGAAUUUAUAGAGUAUGCUUGAAUGAUACUUAUGAGGCACCAUUUCAAUAUUUUGAUCCAUUUUUGGAUAUAUGCCAAGGAGAUGGAAAACAAAGAUCAUUGGAAUUUUUUUCAAAUAUGCAUUUGGCAGCAGCACAGAGGGUUGAUCCAGACAAUAAUGCAGGAGAGUUAGUUGUGCAAAUCCCACCAGAUGCAGCACAUCUAGUUGCUGAAGGUAGAAGUUUAAGAAUUAGUAUAGAAUUUUCUUUGGAACAGCCACAAGGUGGAGUACAUUUUGUUGUACCAAAUUGUGAAGGAACUUUAGCAGAGAGAGGUGCACAUAUGUAUACAUACAGUUAUGAAAAUUCUUCAAGACUAUGGUUCCCAUGUGUUGAUAGUUUUGCUGAACCGUGUACUUGGAAACUGGAAUUCACUGUUGAUGAUUCCAUGACAGCCAUUUCUUGUGGUGAUCUUGUAGAAGUUGUAUAUACUCCAGACAUGAGGAGAAAAACAUUUCAUUAUGUUCUUAACACACCAGCAUGUGCACCAAAUAUUGCUCUUGCAGUUGGGCCUUUUGAAAUAUUUGUAGAUCCAUAUAUGCACGAGGUAACACAUUUCUGUUUGCCUCAAUUAUUACCAUCAUUAAAAGUGUCUGCAAAAUACAUGCACGAAGCGUUCGAAUUUUAUGAAGAAACAUUGUCAAAUAGAUAUCCUUAUUCUUGUUACAAACAAGUCUUUGUAGAUGAACUAGACGAAGAUAUCAAUGCAUAUGCUACUAUGAGUAUUUUAAAUACAAAUUUGUUACAUUCUACCGCGAUAAUCGAUCAGGUGUAUGUCACAAAAAAAGCCAUGGCACAAGCUGUCGCGGAACAAUUUUUUGGUUGUUUUAUAUCUAUGCAAAAUUGGUCUGACACAUGGUUACCAAAGGGUAUAUCAACAUAUUUAACUGGUUUAUAUGCAAAAAAAUGUUUUGGAAAUAAUGAAUACCGGGAAUGGGUCCAAUCGGAAUUACAAGAAGUUGUGAAAUAUGAAGAGCUGUUUGGAGGCAUAAUAUUAGAUUCUUCUCAACCACCAGCUCCAUUACCUAUUGCAGCUAACACACCAGCGCCCACGCCAAGGGCUCCAGAUCCUGGUUUUUAUUUUCCAAUAAGAAAUCUUCACACAAUGUCCCCAAAGUACAUCGAAGUACUUCGCAAGAAAGCGCAUUUAGUGAUUAGAAUGUUAGAACAUCGAAUUGGGCAAGAAUUGCUUUUACAGGUUUUUAAUAAACAAUUAUCCCUUGCUGCUAAUGCCGCACAACAGAAAAUUGAUUCUGGACUUUGGUCUCACAUGUUGAUUAGUACAAAUGUAUUUACAAAAGCGAUCUUUACCGUGACAGGAAAAGAUAUGGCAGUGUUUAUAGACCAGUGGGUCAGGACUGGUGGGCAUGCAAAAUUUAGUUUAAGUUUCGUAUUUAAUAGGAAAAGAAAUACCGUGGAAUUGGAAAUCCGGCAAGAUACUACAAACCAAAGAGGAAUUAGAAAAUACGUAGGUCCACUUUUAGUAAAUAUCCAAGAAUUGGAUGGUACUUUCAAACACACCUUACAAAUUGAAGGUACUGUAGCAAAAGCGGAUAUAACGUGUCAUAGUAAAAGUCGUAGAAAUAAAAAGAAAAAAAUUCCACUGUGUACCGGAGAAGAAGUGGAUAUGGAUCUCUCUGCUAUGGAUGACUCUCCUGUAUUGUGGAUAAGAUUGGACCCUGACAUGACACUUAUGCGCGCUGUUCAAAUCGAACAACCCGAUUACCAAUGGCAGUAUCAACUAAGACACGAGCGCGACGUUACUGCACAGCUGGAAGCUAUAGAAGCUCUACAGAAUCACGCAACACCAGCCACACGACUAGCGUUGACCGAUACUAUUGAAAAUGAGCAUUGCUAUUACAAAGUUAGACUACGUGCAGCACACUGUUUAACUAAGGUAGCUAAUGCAAUGGUUGCAACAUGGGCGGGUCCACCGGCAAUGUUAGCCAUAUUUCGUAAAUUAUUUGGAUCGGCUUCGUGCAGACGUAUAAUUAAACAAAACAACUUCUCAAAUUUUCAGCAUUAUUUUCUGCAAAAGACUAUCCCUGUAGCAAUGGCUGGUUUACGCAAUGCUCACGGUAUAUGUCCGCCUGAAGUUUUAGCGUUUCUAAUGGAUUUAUUUAAAUACAAUGAUAACAGUAAAAAUAGAUAUUCGGAUAAUUAUUAUAGAGCUGCGUUAAUCGAAGCUCUCGGCGCUACUGUCACGCCAGUAAUUAGUAUACAACAGGGGACAGCUAUUACUGCCGAAUCUUUAUCAGCCGAUACGAAAGCUAUAUUAGAAGAGGUCACUAGAAAUUUGAAUUUGGAAAAAUUAUUGCCCUGUUAUAAGUACACGGUCAGUGUCACCUGCCUGAAAGUCAUACGAAUUUUACAAAAGUUUGGCCAUCUUCCAAGUAAUCCCCACCUUUUCAGGGCAUAUGCUGCAUAUGGACAAUUCAUAGACGUUAGAAUCGCAGCGUUGGAAGCAUUAGUUGACUUUACAAAGGUGGACGGUAAAUGGGAAGAUUUAGAGUUUUUAUUAGAUAUGAUAGAAAUGGAUCCACAUCCUGGUGUGCGACACAGAUUGGUGAGACUUAUGGUUGAAAAUCCACCAUUCGAAAGAGCGCACAAGCAUCGUUUGGAUCGUUUUGAAUUAGUCGAUCGUAUAUGGAAUUUAAUUAAUGGUAUGCUUUCUCAUGAUCCUAAAAUACGAUGCGAUUUGGUAGAUUUGUAUUACACUUUAUACGGUUCAAAACACCCACUCUGUCUUCCCAUUCCUGAACUUGCUGCUCUUACUAAACCAAAGAAAGUAGGCCCGCAAAGCCCCGAACAAGAAAUAAAACCAAACAUACCACACAUCAAACAUGAACCACCAGUAGUGGAAAUAGAUAAUACAAGUGCGAUAGGUAAACGAAAAUCCUCUCCAAACAGAGAUAUUCCAGGCCCUUCAAAUUCAGUGGAACAUGGUCCUGAACCAAAACGACAAAAACAGACAUCUAAUGAUGACCGAGUACCUUCUGUAACUAGCGAAGGUAAAGUUAAGUCGGAAUACUAUAGCGACAAUUCUGCAUCAUUGCCUGGUAUCUUAGGAACUGCAGGACCAGUAGGUUUCGAACCAGGAAUGUUUAAAAAGGAAGUAGAAGAACACAAACAGAAGAGUGAUUCUAUAAAUAAGAAUAAGAAGAAGAAGAAGGACAAAAAGAAACAUAAGCAUAAGCAUAAACAUAAACACGAUCAUAAACAUGGCAAGGAUAAAGAGAAAAAGGAUAAGGACAAAGAUAAAGGCAAGGAAAAAGAGAAAGAUAAAAGUAAAGAGUCUUCUAAUAUGAAAGUAAAAGAAGAAACUCUAAGUUCUGCAAGUUCUAGUCUCAGCCCAGAUGCAACGACUAUUACUAACGAAUUUAUUUUCCCAUAGCAGUGUAUUCAAUUAUUUUAUUACAGUCUGUUAUGGUUAAGAUUGUAUGUAUCUUAUAUAAUUUUUAUAUAACUUAAGACCAUCAUUCUGAUGUAUCAUGGAUCAGAAUGUUGAUCAU